AGACCUUCAACUCCUGAUAUCAAGUUCGAAAUGAGUUGCCUAUCCUUCUUCCACUCUUCAAAGGCGAAGAAAAUGGAGAAGCUAGCUGCUGAGGUGAAGACGAUUGCUGGCACCGCCGAUGAUGUCGAGAGAAGAAAGAUUCUCGACUCUCUCCGCGAGCUGCAGUACUCUGUGGAAUCGCCGCACGAUACACUGAACAGAACGAUAUAUUCUAACCUCCGUCUUGCAAUAGCUAGAGUAGCUAUGGACUUGAAGUUAUUCGAGGCGCUCGUUGAAAGCGCUCCUAUCCCUUUGACCGUCUCUCAGCUCGCAAAGCAGACGGGUGCCUCUCCAGUGCUCCUGGGCCGCCUCCUCCGCUUUCUCGCUGCCUUCUCCAUGGUCAAAGAAGUUGGCGCCAAUACGUUCACCGCAAACCACAUCACCAAGUCAAUGUCCGAAGAAGGGUUUCAAGCUGGUGCUCACCAUUACUUCGACAACCUCAACAAAGCUUUCCAAGCCGCUCCAGACUUCCUUGCCUCUCGCAAGUAUCAAGAUAUCACCGAUCCCAAAGACACACCCUUUCAAGUCGCUUACAAAACUGACCUCACCGUCUUCGCUUGGGCCCAAGGAAACCCAAGCGCUCUCUCCUACUUCGGAAAGUACCUAGCAUAUGACCGCACUGGCCGAAAGAUCUGGCUGGAUGUCUACCCACUGGCACAGGAGUGUGCCAAGCAGCCCAUCACCGAGAAAGACGUCCUCCUCGUCGAUGUCGGCGGCGGGAUCGGCGACCAGGUAAUUGCCCUGAAGACACGCCACCCCACCAUCCCCGGGCGCGUGAUCCUGCAGGACAUACCUGAGACGCUUGCUGGCGCGAUCCCCCACGAUGGGGUUGAACUGAUGGCGCAUGACUUCUUCAAGCCGCAGCCGAUCAAAGGCGCCAAGUACUACUACCUCCGCAACAUCCUUCAUGACUGGCCCGACGCCGCCUCUGUUACUAUCUUGUCCCACCUUACCGCCGCCAUGUCUUCUAGCUCCAUUCUCUUGAUCGAUGAGAUGGUCCUCCCAGACGCCGGCGUCCCCUGGCAAGCGGUGCAGCUGGACAUGACUAUGAUGUGCUGUCUCGGCGCUAUGGAGCGCACGCGCGAGCAGUGGCGCAUCCUGCUGGAGGGAUGUGGGCUUAGGAUUUUGGGAGUGUGGACGUAUGGGGCAGUAGGGGAGAGCGUAGUGGCUUGUGAGUUGAAGUGAAUUGCAAUGGGAGAAGGGAUUUGGUGGAGUGGGUUAGAAUGAGAAGGUUGAUUAGCGUGAGUCGAAGUGAUUGGAUUAGAUGCGCUGGAUGGGCUAGGAUGUAACUCCUCGAUGUAGCGAUGCUUUUGGACAAAGUCAACAUUUCGCUCGCUUAGAUUAGAAGUACAGGACUCAGUGGC